AUCAGAGUCCAUAUGAUAGAUAUUUCCUCCCGAGAAUCCACUAUGUUGGUAAAACUAUAUUAUCUGCCUAUCUCUCAAGGAAACUUCAACGGUCUUCUCUCAACAUCUGUGACAGUUUCCUCCUGCAGGAGAUUAUCACGUCAUGCUAUAUUUCACUAUACAAAUAGAAGAAGGUGCAAUCCUUGGAACCAAUUGCCCGCGCUGCCCCGCCCCCGCCUAAAUUUUACUUAGCCAAACUUGAUAUCCGCAAUUCGGAAGCCACUUGCACUUAUGCUUAACACUUCUAAAGUCAACUUCGACUUCCUUCAUUCCUCGAUAUGCACAUUAUAUUAUAAGUUCUCCGGUCCCACAAUAUCUCGUUCACUCCCACGGUCUUGUGCAAACCUCAUAACUCCAGUUAACUUUAGAAUCUUCUCUAGAUCCGUCAAGACUACUCCGUCAUGCACAUACUAGUAACGAACGACGAUGGACCGCCGUCUCCCACAUCCUCUCCCUAUGUCCAUAGUCUGGUCCGUGAACUUCAGAAGAGGGGACACGAUGUCUCAGUCUGUCUACCUCACACUCAACGCUCCUGGAUUGGGAAAGCCCACAUAAUUGGCCAAACUGUCAAGCCACUAUAUUACCGGCCGUCCGAGACCUUCGAUCCGUCCCCUAGUACCGCCUCCCACACACAAGGUACCACAAGCACACGACCAAGCAAGAAUAGCAAAGAAGAAGAGUGGAUUCUUGUGGAUGGAACACCCGCAAGUUGUGCCCAGAUCGGCCUACAUCAUUUCUUCCAGGAGAAGGGACCGAUCGACCUUGUAGUCUCGGGACCCAACUAUGGUCGAAAUACAACAGCUGUAUUCGCGCUGAGCUCGGGUACGCUUGGUGGUGCUAUCGAGGCUGCGGUAUGCAGAAAGAAGUCCAUUGCAUUAAGCUACGCCUUCUUUAACCGGAAUCACGAUCCUACCAUCAUCGAUGCCGCUGGUCGCCACAGUGUGAGAGUUAUCGAGAAGUUAUAUGAACAAUGGCCGGAAGACAGGAGUGUUGACUUGUAUUCGGUCAAUGUACCUCUUAUUGAAGGCGUUGAACAAUCAAAAUCACUCUGGACGGAAAUGCUGCAGAAUUAUUGGGGCGACAAUGGGGUUUGUUUUGAAGAAGUUGAGGGGAGUAUUGGUGAUGAGGACGAAGAGGAAGAGAGGAUACGUGAGGGUGAGGAAUCCAAAGCAUCAGAGGCCCCUGACUCGGAAACAAAAGGCGACGCAAACGAGGAGGGCAAGACACGAUACACGCAUAGACAUUUCAAGUGGGCGCCGAGGUAUACGGAUGUUUUUAAGAGCGUUGAUGAAUCGACACCAGGCAACGAUGGAUGGGCUGUCAAGGAGGGCUUCACUAGUAUAACACCAUUAAAAGCAAAUUUCUAUCACGCCGCAACGCACCUGCAUGGAGAGGAGUUCAAAUUGAGUAACUCGGAGCUUGAAGACAUACCGUUGUCCAGGUCGACUCUAAUUUACCGACCUAAGCAGCAUUUCUAUGCCUUAAUCGCGUACGAGGACCCUUAUGUCCAACCCCUUAUUCUAUCUGCCCUCCAGAAGCUAUUGCCUCCGGAAGCGUAUACCCUACUUUCAAUCCCCGAGGCCGCGGUCCCAGGGGAGCAGAUUUCUCUAAGCAAGUUAUUGCCGGAUAAUAGUAGUAGCCAGAUCCUACAGAUCACGCCGUACGAGGACAUCGAUUGGGACUACGUAGACGCACAUCCACGUACGUGCUUAGUGAAUAGCUACAUGCUGCGUAAGGCGCUGAUCCGGAAACACUACCUCUCGGCGACGGUGGAGCAGUGGGUGGCUAAGCGGCCGGAGAGCGUGUUAGCGACACAUGUCAAGAGGAGCGAGCACUUCGAGCUUGACUACGCCGAGUUCCUGGACGACGCACUGGUUGAGGCGUUCGACCUAAGGGCGAGCCUGGAGGAGAACGAGGAUAAAGAAGAAAAAGAGAGGGAGUGGUGGAUUUUAAAGCCGGGUAUGAGCGAUAGGGGACAAGGGAUCAGGUUGUUUGCGACGAUGGAGGAGUUGCAGGACAUUUUUGAUGGGUGGGAAGUUGAUAGCGAGGACGAAGAUGAAGACGGGAGUGAGAACGGAGAUAGGGGGAAUGGCAAUGCUGACGCGGUCUCAGGCCGCAGCGCUGAUGGAAAAGACAAUAUUACGACCUCACAUCUUCGUCACUUCGUGGCUCAGCCAUACAUUCACCCACCGCUCCUUCUCCCCGCCAACAACCGCAAGUUUCACAUCCGCACGUACGUCGCUUGCGUUGGGAGCCUUGACGUCUACGUGUACAGACACAUGCUCGCCCUGUUCGCAGGGAGGGAAUAUAUUGCACCAGGGGCUACUCAUACCGCUACGUCUACUUCUACGGCUACGGAUACACCCGGAUCUUCAAAUACGGAGGAAGUAGGAGAUAUAGAUCUAGAAGCCCAUCUUACCAACACGUGUCUCCAGCGUUCCGUGAGCGAUGGUACCGUGCAACGGUUCUGGGAUCUGGAACUAGGGGAGGAGAAAAAGAAGCAUAUCUUCAACCAAAUUUGUGAUGUCACCGGAGAGGUCUUCGAGGCGGCGGCUCGGGCGAUGCUGAUGCACUUUCGCCCGCUACCGAAUGCGUUCGAGGUAUACGGUUUGGAUUUUUUGGUUGAUGCCCAGGGCACUGCUUGGUUACUCGAGGUUAACGCGUUUCCGGAUUUUAAGCAGACGGGCGAGGAGUUGAGGGGCUUGGUUGCCGGGCUGUGGGAGGAUGUCCUAGGGGUUGCGGUAGCGAAGUUCUUUGGGGUUGGUGGGAGAGAUGGGGAGGGAAGAGGGAAGAACCAUGGUGAAAAUAAAGAGGAAGAGAGGCUGGUACACGUGAGACAUGUGGAUUUGGGACGAUAGCCUAG